AUGCCGUCCGUGUGGGGGCGCUCGGAAGUUCUGGGCCCUUCCACUUUGUUUCUCGACAAGGGCGACUCUGCCAUGCUCAUCAGCGGGACCACGUCUAAGAAGGAGCUUUGUUUGGUCUCACGGGCUGAGCACUCCGGGGCGAGAUUCCUGGCGGUGGAGCCAUGUGAGGAUGCAGUCCUUGAGAAAGAUGGCCGAGAGAUUUGGCAGCUGUCUCCGGGCGGCCGCAUCGCGGACUUGGCUGGCCGCUGUUUGGCCGCGGAGUCAGGUGAGUUGCUUCUGAGAAAGUGUCAAGAUGUUCAGGCUUGGCGGCUGACAGGUAAAAACCAGAUCCAGCUUGGUGAACCAGCGGCAGGAACUGACAGAAGUUGCUUGGCUGUAGAUCCUGCAGUCACGUUGAUGGAUGGGAUCGGUGUGGACCUGGCCAGAGGGCAGACUGCUGAAUCUACUUCUUCGACUGACAUGGCCCAUUCUGCAGGGAAUGCGGUCGAUGGAAAUCCUGCGACAUAUUGGGCCAGCGACAUCCUUGGCCAAGACUCCGCGGCAGACGCUGUUUCGUGGUCGGUCUCGUUUCCGCGUUCACGCUUGAACUCGGUCGACAUUGAGUGGGAACAUGCCGCUCAACAGUUCGACUUGCAAAUCAGUAAUGGCGAUGACAGCUGGCAAACAGUGUACUCUGUGCCAAGCAAUCCACUAAACUCACGCCGUUCCCGCAUACCCUUGGACGGCAUCGAGGCACAAGCUGUGAAGUUGGUUUUCGGAGGAAACCUUUCCGUUCCAGCUGCCAGACGGGUCGGCAUUCGUCACUUCCGGCUGACCUCGGCAAGCGUGACCAGGCUUCCCAUGCCCGUGCUCACCGUUUCGCAAGGAGUUGGACUCUUUUUCCCCAUCCACCGCUCCUUGUGCUCCCUUGUACGUAUUGACGAUGAAGUACCCUAG